CCCUCUCUAUCUGGAGAUUGAAGGGGGCAUCUUACAGCUUCCUCUAUUUCCCCCUCUCCCCCUCUCCAACAAACUGCAUUUUUCGUUUAAUCCUUUUUAGAUUGUGCCCCCCUCCUUCCUGUACUGUGUUCUGCCUAACCAGUCCUGAAGCAUUUCUCUGAAACGCUAUCCCUCUCCCUGUUUUGCCCUCCCCUUUCUCCCUUAUUUGUCUCCCCACCCCUCCCCUGCUAUAUUUCUUUACUUUCUCUUAUCCCUCACGCUGUAUUUAUUCCUAUUUCCUCAUUGUUUUUUAUUUAAAUUCCAUACUUUCGUUCAUCUACCAAAGCUCUCCUCAUUCAUCAGUACUGUCCUAUAUUUUUCCUUUUCGUUGAUUUCUUUUUAUACUGUUUUGUUUGUAUCUUUCAAAUAACCUGAUUUAAACUUUCACCACCCCCUUUAUCUGUUUUCCUGCAUCAGUCAGUCUGACCCUCCUGCCCCCCCCCCCCUUUCCAGCAGGUUUCUCUAUUGCUUUCAUUAUUGCCUUUUUCUGAUGCCUAGAUUAUUGCAAAAUCUGCUGUUGAACCUGAAUUCCGUAGGAUUUAGUCAGGGAGGGGGAAUGAGGUCUGACUGAAGAUUCCUUUUCCAAUCAAUUAGCACUGUGGCUCUGCUGAAAUAUUACAGAAAGACAGGAGACUGACUGACAGAAUCUGUGCAGGUUUCACGCUGUGAUGUCCUCAAAUGUCGUCAAAGCUGCAUCUCCAUUGGCUAGCGCUGUGACAGGUGCAAUGGAACUUUCUGUGGCUCAGUGGCUUCUCGUGGUCUGUCUUGUGGCUUUUCCUCUCCUCUAUGAAUGGAGUGUCUCCUUCAAAUACUUUUGUAAAAUGGCAUUUUACAAUGGCUGGAUCCUGACACUAGCUAUACUGGCAAUCCCAAUAUGUGCAGUGAGGGGCCGAAAUGUGGAAAAUAUGAAAGUGCUUCAGUUCAUGCUUCUACACAUCAAGUAUCUUUAUGGAAUUAAGAUUGAGGUUCGGGGAUGGGAAAAUUUCAACAUAAAGGAACCUUAUGUGGUUGUGUCAAAUCACCAGAGCUCAUUGGACCUACUUGGGAUGAUGGAGAUCCUGCCUAGUCGUUGUGUGCCAAUCGCUAAACGUGAGCUGAUGUAUGCUGGCACAGCUGGACUGGCUUGCUGGCUGGCGGGUGUCAUCUUUAUAAACCGCAAGAAGACAGACGAUGCUAUAAGCGUCAUGACAGAGGCAGCAGACACUAUGCUGAAAGAGGAUGUUCGUGUCUGGGUUUUUCCUGAAGGCACUAGAAAUCACAGUGGCUCUUUGUUGCCAUUCAAACGGGGAGCAUUUCAUCUGGCUGUACAAGCUCAGGUCCCAGUUAUUCCUGUUGUCAUGUCUUCCUAUAAGGAUUUCUACUGCAAGAAAGAAAAGAAGUUCACUACAGGAAAGUGCACAGUUCGCAUUCUUCCAGGAGUUCACACAAAGGGCCUGUCGUCUGAUGAUGUUCCUGAACUUGCUGACCGUGUACGAGACAUGAUGAUUGAGGCUUUCACUCAAAUAUCAUCUGAGCGUCCAGGCAAAGGGCCUGGGGUGAUGCAUUGACCCCUCCCCAACUUCACUUCUUUUCAUCAUGGGCUGGGGACCCCCUUAGCAAGAGAAAAGGAGGGGCCUCAAUCUUGAAGGAGACUGACUAUACACAACUUAAUAAAACAAUGGAUUGUUUAAAGAAAGAGGACAAAAAGUACAGUGCAAAAAUGAUUCAUCCUACAAAACGAAAGAAUAAUACAGGAGAAGAGAUAAGGAGAGGAAAAUUCCUUAAUGAAGGAAAGAGUGAGCCGCCGAGCAGAAAGGAAGUAUUAUAGAGGGUAUUAUAAGGAGCCCAUUAUAGUGUUAAGGAAAAUAAAUGAUGGGUACUCUGAACAGAAGAUAAACAAGAAAACCCUUUCAAAAGCAGGGAGGCAUUUCAUGUUUUAUUGGAGCAUAAAAUGAAGGGAUCACUGAAGAGUAAGAUGAGAAUGGCAUUUAAAGUGAUACUGACACUAAAAAACUACUUUUUAAAAUAUGAAUGUAAAAGUUACCUAUAGGUCAUGCUGAUUGUUUUUUUUUCUGAGCGGUUUGCUUUUGUAAGUAAUUGUUAGUUGAAGUUCCUAAACCUGACUGUCCCAUCUCAGCCUGACAGUUAAAGUUUUCUAAUGCUAACUGACUCCUGCUGCACAAAUAUGUCAGCGCCCUCAUAGGGAGUCAGAUAGGUCAGAUGUAAAAGCAUUGAGCAAAUACUUUAUGGCAAAAUUAUAAAAAAGCAUGCAAAGUCAAUUUUAUGGUAGAUGUAAAAAAAGGUUCAUUUUCUGGUGUCAGUAUCUCUUUAAGGAAAAGUUUAUUAACCUACAAGAGAACCACAGAAAUAAUUUGGGCUGAAUUUAUUACCUUGUAAAGAGACUUAAAUUGGAAUUGAAAUCAAGAUCAUGCCAUUUCCCAUAAUGAGAAAAAGAACUUACACAGCCAAGCGGAGAUAAUUAUAUAGUAGGAAACAUUCCAUUAAGUACAAACUAAAAUUCUCACUAGUAGGUAGAAGAGAUCGAAUUCUGGUGUAAAACCCUUUAGUUCUAAAACUUCUGUUCAAAGUUUCCUUAGCUAGUAAGUUUAUUAAAGCUAAUAAUUAUUAAUACUAAUGGAAUUCAGGAAUGUUAUAUAUGAACUGGACAUUUUACAUUAACUAGUAACAGGGACAUCUAAGUAAGGGGACCAUAAACAGAAGGCAGUGACGUCAAAGGAGAUCAGAGAAAGAUAGACGUUGGCCAUCUUGUUUAAGAGACAUUCCAUAUGACAAAACAUUAUUUUCUGAAGCAACACAGAAUGCCAUUGUCAAUACUUUAUAAGGGCAGGACUGAAGUAGAGUGAAGAUGUAUCUGUUAAACACUGGCUAAUCAUACUCUCUUCGUCUCUCUCCUUAAUUGACUUGCCAGCCUCAUUGCCUGCUUAUCUCUUGCUCCAGUUCUCUUUCUUUAGACAACAAGUGACCAGUAAGGAAAGGGGGCAGUUAUUCAGGGCAUUUUAAAGUCUUAACUACCCUUAAUAACUGAACUGAACAUCCUUAUAAAAUAUGGACUUGAAAUAAUAAUGGGAAUGUUCUGGGCAAAAAGCAUGAGACUGCUCUGCCCAAAGCGGCUUCUUCUCCUGGACCCUGUGAAGAUGCCAUUCCUUCCCAUGCCCUCAAACUCCUAACACUCCACAGCCACCGACCUGCGGCUUUCACCCUCACCCCUAAUCCCUGUCUUGUGGCCUAAAAUACAUUUUAUUACACUCCACCCCUUUUUGUCCUUUUUGCCUCUUGCUUUCACACUCUCUCUCUGUUAGUACGGGGUGUGGAAGAAUAAAUGUGCCAAUGUAUCUGUAGCUCUUGAUAGGGGGGAAAGAGGUUCAUGUGGGUAUGACGUGGGGUGGGAUAUUUGUGUGGGUGGGAGGGGGCAUAUUAAUAUCUUGUCCUGUAAAUGUGAAAUUAGCAUUGUACAAACUUUUCUGGGUCACUCGUGUGUUGGCUUAUUUUUUAAACUAUUAACUCUACUCAAGUUGGGCAGAUGCUGUUAAAA